CCUCCCCCGGGCCCAAAGGUGACCGGCCUCUGCGGCUUCCUUUCCCCCCGUCCCUCCCCAGGAGCGAAGAGAAGUGCCUGGUGAGGAGCGGCCUGGUGCAGCUGAUGGACCGCCUGUGCAGCCUGAGCAGCCAGACCGAGUCCAGCUCCAGCGAGAAGCAGACCAAGAAGCAGAAGGUAGCCAUCAUGGCUUGGGCCGCUUUCCAGGUGCUGGCCAAUCGUUGCGUCGAGUGGGAGAAGGAGGAAGGGGGAUCCACCGAGGCCGUGCAUUCGGGCCUCGCUCGCCAGGUCUCCAGUCUCCUCACCAAUCACCUGGCCCGAGCCACCGAGUGCUGUGGCAACCAGGCAGCCGGCAACGAUGCCUUGCAAGACGUCCUCAGUCUCCUGAAUGACCUUUCCAGGUACCGCGUUUCUCAGCUGUGGCGGCUGGAAGAGGCCGGGACUUCUAACUCCCAGAAUUCCGCAGCCAGCUGA